AAAUAAAUAUUUAAUACAGUUUUGCUAACAGUUCAUACGGUGCAGUUUUAAUGCCUGCAGUCCUCUCCCUGAAGUAGCAGUACAUUGUAAGUUGGCGGUGACAGGGUAUAAAGAGCAGCGCAAACGCUGUAGUAUUCAUAUUUCGCUGUCGAGCGGGUAGCGUUCCAGUUCAGGCUGUAGACAGCACGUUUCUACGGCUUGCGGUCAGUGUCGAACCGGACCGGGUUAGAGAGUCUCGUGCCAAUGGAGCCGCCCGACGUCGCGAGAGUCUGCGCCGGAACCCCUCGCGCUGGGGCCGCGCGGGACGCCAAGGCACCCAAGACGCGGCGACAGGUCUCCAAGCCGCUGACGGAGAAGCGCAGGAGAGCGCGCAUCAACCACAGCCUGGCUCAGCUCCGCGCGCUGCUGCUGCGGCCCGGCGCCCCCGCCCCUUGUGGUCACUCGAGACUCGAGAAGGCCGCCAUCCUGGAGAUGACCGUGCGGCGCUUGAGGGCAGAGACAGCGCAGCCUGGCAUGGGUAUUAACCCCUCUCUCUCACAGGAGGUCCUCCCCUGA